UUUUAUUUAUUCUAUAGUCGUUCUCCAAAAACACCAAUUCAAUCAGAAAUCUCAGUAUCAACUGAACAUGAUGAUGAUGAUGUUCAUCAAAUUGAUCCUUCAUCAUUAGAAUUAGAUGAAGAUAAUGACUAUCUACUUGCUUUAAUGCUUCAACAGGAAUAUACGAAAGAAUUUAAUGGAAUGAUGAAAAAAUAUGAAUCAACUGUUAAUCGAAAUAGUAAAGUUAAAGUAUCAAUGAAAAACUUUAUGUUAUUACCUGCAAGUAAUCCUACUCAAACGUCAGACACCAUUGAUGACGAGGACAUUUUAGAAGAAUCUAAAGAAGCGUUCAGUGAUUGUGAACAAGAUCAACGUAUGCCAACAUUUAAUCGACGAGGUACAAGUGGUAAAGGUGCAUCAUUAGUUACGAAACAUAAUGCUGAAUUAUGUGGUAAACGUAAUGUAGCACGUGUUAUGAAUACAUUUCCACCUGAAUUUGAAACGGGAAAUGUUUUAAAUAAUAUAAAAUUAUCAAAUCGUGUUUAUAAUCAACUUAAAUUACAUUCAUAUGCUGAAGAAAAACGUAUGAAUCGUUUACAUGAUAAAGUUGAAAAAGCUACAGCUAGUUUAGCAUUUGAUCCUAAAACACGUCUUAUUCUAUAUAAAUCAUUAAAUUCAUGUAUACUUGAUGAAAUUGGUUCAAUUAUUGCAACAGGAAAAGAAUCAAUUGUUUUAUAUGGUAAAGGUGGACAGACAGAUUUACAUAAAAUACCAUCUGAAGUUGCAAUUAAAAUUUUUAAAACAUCAUUAAAUGAAUUUCAUACACGAAACCAAUAUUUACGAGAAGAUCAUCGAUUUAAAAAUCGUUGUAAAGGUCUUAAUCCAAGAAAAAUUGUUAAAUUAUGGGCAGAAAAAGAAAUGUUUAAUUUACAACGUCUUCAACGUGCUGGAAUACCAUGUCCAACUCCUGUAUUACUUAAAAAACAUGUCUUAUUUCUUUCAUUUAUUGGUAAAGAUUCAGUACCAGCAGAACGUCUUCGAGAUGCAGUUCUUACACCAGAAGAACUUGCUAAUGCAUAUAAACAAUGUUUAAAUUUACUCAAACAAAUCUAUCAUGAAUGUAAAUUAAUUCAUGCUGAUUUUAGUGAAUAUAAUUUAUUAUGGUUGGAUAAUAUAGUCUAUGUCAUAGAUGUAGCACAAUCAGUUGAACCACAUCAUCCAAAUGCAUAUACAUUUUUAUUACGAGAUUGUACAAAUGUUUCAACAUAUUUUAGUCGACGAACAUUAAAUGAUUAUGUUUUAUCACCUGAAGAAACAUUUAAUCAUGUAACUGGUCUUGGAUUUGAAAAACGUGGACAAGAAUUUCUUAAUGAAAUUCAAGCAUAUGAAAAAAAUGUUCGUUUACAAAGUGAAGCAAUAAAAGAAAAAGACAAUUUCUCAUUCGAAUAUUUCUUUAAUCAAACCAAAGAAUUACAUGCUGAUGAUUCUUCAUCAGACGAAGACGAUGACAAUGAUGAUGAUGAAGAUUAUACUGAUCUAACAAGUGGUGACGAAUAUGCAGCAACAUUGUCAAAAUCAUUACCAUCAAAAAUAAUGAAAUCACCAUCACGAAAAACAAAACUUUCUAAACAUACACCAUAA